AUGACCACUCCUAGAAAGUUUGGGGCGGAGAGUCACAGUAAUCUAAGUUGAAGCAUAAAGACAGUUGCACAUUUCUCAGAUUUUUUUUGGUUCUUCAGAAGUGGAAAAUGUCGGGAGUCGCCUCUACCCUGGCCAAAAAGAGAGCGCAGGCUGCAGGGUUUGGAACGAACGCCAAUGCCACUAAAUACCUCAACCAGGACUUUGAGGCGCUCAGGAGCCAGUGUCUCGGCAGAGGGACCCUGUUCUCAGACCCGACUUUCCCAGCCGCACCCGAAUCCCUGGGCUUUAAAGAACUCGGACCCAACACGUCCAAAACCAGAGGAAUAGUAUGGAAAAGACCCGGGGAGCUGUGCUCGAAACCACAGUUCAUCGUCGGUGGAGCGACACGGACGGAUAUCUGUCAAGGAGCUUUGGGUGACUGCUGGCUGCUAGCGGCUAUCGCAUCCCUGACUCUGAACGAAGACGUUCUGGCCCGAGUGGUGCCCGGCGGACAGAACUUUGAUGACAGUUAUGCUGGAAUCUUCCAUUUCCAGUUCUGGCAGUUUGGUGAAUGGGUGGAUGUUGUCAUUGACGAUCGGCUGCCAGUGAAAGACGGUGCGCUGGUGUUUGUUCACUCCGCCGAGGGAAAUGAAUUUUGGAGCGCCCUGCUGGAGAAGGCCUAUGCGAAGGUGAACGGCUGUUAUGAAGCCCUGUCUGGAGGAUCCACCAGUGAGGGUUUUGAGGAUUUCACUGGAGGCAUCGCUGAGAACUACGACCUGAGUAAAGCGCCGCCCAACAUGUUUCAGAUCAUCCAGAAAGCCCUGGACUCUGGAGCUUUGCUGGGCUGCUCCAUCGAUAUCACAAGUGCUUCUGAUUCAGAAGCCGUCACCCGUCAGAAGCUGGUGAAAGGCCACGCCUACUCGCUCACAGGGGCGACAGAGGUAAACUAUCGUGGCCGCAAGGAGAAGCUGGUCCGUAUGCGCAACCCUUGGGGACAGGUGGAGUGGACCGGAGCCUGGAGUGACGGUUCAUCUGAAUGGAACAGUGUUGCGGCUUCAGAGCGACCUAACGCCAACGCUGAGGAUGGUGAAUUCUGGAUGUCAUUCUCCGAAUUCCUAAGCCAUUACUCUCGUAUAGAGAUCUGCACCCUGACCCCGGACACCAUCACCAGCGAUUCGGUAAAACACUGGGCCGUGACUAACCACGAUGGCACUUGGAGGAAAGGCUCCACCGCCGGGGGCUGCAGAAACAACGCGUACACAUUCUGGAUGAAUCCUCAGUUUGUGAUUAAGCUGGAUGAUGACAAUCCAGACGAUAAUGAGCCGGACUGCAGUUUCGUGGUGGGUCUGAUCCAGAAGAACCGACGCCGCCUGAGGAAAAUGGGAGAGGACAUGCACACCAUCGGCUUUGCUAUUUAUGAGGUACCUCCACAGUUUCAGGGUCAGCGGGACGUGCACCUCGAUAAGAACUUCUUCCUGACGCACGGACAGAAAGCUCGCUCUGAGACUUUUAUUAACUUGAGAGAGGUCUGCACGCGCUUCAAAUUGCCUCCAGGAGAAUACCUUGUUGUGCCUUCCACCUUCGAACCCAACCUGGACGGAGACUUUUGCCUGCGCGUCUUUUCCGAAAGACAGACCGAAACACUAAUAUGUGAUGACCCUGUGGAUGCUGAAUUACCUGAUGAGACUGUCUCAGACGCUGAAGUUGAAUCUGGAUUCAGAACCAUGUUCGUAAAACUCGCUGGAGCUGACAUGGAAAUCUCAGCCUCAGAGCUCAUGACUAUCUUAAACAGGAUCAUCGCAAAACGAACUGACAUAAAGACAGGCGGCUUCAGUAUGGAGACGUGUCGUGUCAUGGUGAACAUCAUGGAUGACAGUGGGAAUGGAAAACUGGGUCUGGGAGAGUUUGCUACUCUGUGGAAAAAAGUGCAGAAAUACCUUGGAAUUUACAAAAAGAAUGACAUGGAUGGUUCAGGAACCAUAAGCACUACAGAGCUGCGUAUGGCACUGAAAGAGGCCGGUUUCUGUCUGAAUAACGCUAUAUUUCAGCUGCUAGUGGCACGUUACUCUGAGACAGACAUGACCCUUGACUUUGAUAACUUUGUGGCCUGCCUCAUGCGUCUGGAGAUGAUGUUCCGGGUGUUCAAAAAGCUGGAUGCCCACCAAAGUGGAUUCAUUGAGCUGGACUUUCAGCAGUGGCUGAACUUUACCAUGAUUUAGAUGACUCGCCAACAGAUGGACCACGCCACUCAAUUAAUAUUUCAAGUGUUAAACUUUUAAAGAUAGUUAUUUACUUUUAUUUUUUAAAUUGUCUAUUGCACUUUUGACCAGUCUUACUUCCAGAUUUGGCAUGCUUUUAUUGUGCUUGACAUUGUCACACUAUUUUCGUUUACAAAUGGAAGCAUUGUUGAACUGGGAGUAUCUUAAACCACUGUGUAAUUAAACUGUGUGCAUUUUUUUCUCUCUAAAGAACAUUAUUAAAGACUUUUGAAACUGUA